UAGUGCUGUGUUUUUCAUGGCCUGUGCUACUUUGUGUGUCGUCGAGUCAAAUAUCUAUAAACUUGAGACGUUGUCGGAGGCGUUUUUGUUAUUUGACAAGACCAAUUCCCACUGUUGUUAUGGAUCAGGCCGAGUCUUCACGGUCUUCCUCUACUUAUGGCAACUCCGGACGACAUUAUGUUUUUCAUACCAACCACCUAUGCGAAAAGCUUGUGCUUCCAAGGGGCCACUUUGAUCUCACAGACCCAAAUGGCUACAAAUUAAGCACCACUUACAACUGCCUUCAUGAUCCUUAUCUAAAGAACUACAUGUACCGCAAAGACAUUCAUAAACAUCUCCUUGAGGAUGGAUUCAUCACUAAGCAUGACAGAGUCACAUGCAACCUUAAAGAAUUUAGGACAUACAAGAACUACCUGAGAGAAUUACAGCUGGAGUUGGAUCAGAGGUUUAAGAUGGAGCAGAGAGCCUUGGUGCGACGUAUACUCCUGAUCCAGCAGGAGGGGAGAAUCUCCUCUGACAUCUCUGUGCCUGACUUCAUUGAGUAUUUACACACACACGGUCAGGAGCUGCAGAGGAAGGAUGCAGACAGGCCGAGGAGGACACAGAGCAGCGGUAAUGGCAAGUUGAAGCGUGCAAAAGGGAACAGACGACUCAGGCCUCUCUACACUGAUGAAGAGGACAGGAUGCGCUGGCGCAGCAUGGUGGAGGAGGUAACGCAUGAGGUGCAGCGGGAGAUGAGGCUGGAACGCCGCUGGCGGGGAGCACGACAGAAUUGGUACGAAUCACAUGCAAGUCUCAGAGCCAGAGUAUUGGGUGAUGACUUCAGAGGCAGUGGAUCUACACCUCUCUCGCAAGGUCAUGCUGGCCAACCAGCAGUCUUGAUGAGGAGGCCAACACUGAAAAGGCUAUCUCCACUGCCACGCAGAAAAAGGAAGAGUGCUGUAGAGUCUGUCUACUGCAAUGGCCGUAUGUCCUGGCCAGGGCAAGGAGACAAAUACAGACUCAAAUCCAGAGAUAAUGCACGCACCAGGUCCAAUACUGCAAUCCCCAUUCCUCCAGUUACAGCGAAGACUAGUUUUUUGUCGAAACAUGAAGGCAGUUAUGGAGAUUCAUCUUCCGCCCUCUCCAUGCCGCAACGCAGUGAACAGAUGCUGAAUCAUGAGAAAAACAAAAUACAUAAUGCCAUGGAGGACCACCCUGAAGAAACACCUGUGAAUGUAAUGAUCAGCGGCAUGGUCAGCACCAUUGUCCCAGUCAUGCAGCAGUUCAUGCAGAAACAUUUGCCCGCUCCACAAACUGGCUCUACGGACAAAACCACUACUCAUCAUCAUCAUCAUCAUCAUGAUCACGUCAGCCGCACUGAGGUUACCCAAUGUGAUGGUGACAUAGACCAGCAUCUCAGGAGCGACACAGAGGCCCCCCAGUCGUCCCCCGAUCCUAUACAUCAGCCUAAUGAAGAGACUGUCAAAAGUGAAAAGGCCCAAUCGCUCUCUGGUGGGGAGAGCGGGCCGCAGGACGAUCUGAGGCAAAAAGCUGAGAGGGUCAUCUGGCACGCCACGCACGAGGUGAUGAAACACAUAAAAGCCAGAGGGUCCUCCUCCUCCGCCGCUGAUGACGAAGUUGAGUCUGACUCUGGGCAUAGUGUCAGUAAUGAGCGCUGUUGUGCUUUUCAAUCUACAACGGCCAGCACACAGGAGGGGUGUUGCGCUGGCGAGAGAGCAUGCACAUCAUCCUUCACCCAGCUGCCUGAUUCACUGGCAAAUUCCAAAACACAAAGGGGCAAUGCUGAGGCCUGUGGAGAACACCCGUGUGUGAAUGCUGCACCUGCCAGAAACACGCAACAGGGAAAUACCUGUUGCAACCAAGAGGAGUCUCCCAAGCUGAAGCAUUUCUCCACCGAAUGCAAACUCUCUGGCACAACACUCAGGAAUCUCGUCUAUGCCGAAUCAGUAGAUGACAUUCUAGAAAAGAUCAGCACGCUCGUUGCUGAAGAAGCCAUUGAAGCCAUUUCAAAGACAAACACAAACAGGUCAUCAUCUGCAGUGUCAUCGGCAACGCUCUCAUCAUCAACAUCAGCAUCUUCAGCCAGGAUUAAAAGGAUAGUUGAGGACUGUGUCUUAGCUGGAUGGAAAGAGCACAAUGAGUCGGCUCAGAGAGGUGCAAGUGCCAGCACUAGUGCCAGCACCAAACUCCCAGUAGGGCCGACUGUUAGAUCACUUUCAGACAUCGCCCAAGCUCCCAAAGAGGAGUUUGCACUAUAUGCCGAUGACAUGGUCAUGGACAUAAUAGAUCAGAUGAGAAACCAACGGUCCCCAGAGACCGAAUACUCUGGCACACCGUACUCUUUCAGCACAUCGAAGAGAUCUUCAGAGAACCUCAGUGUGCAUGACGAAGCGGUGAAGAUUUCUCACCAGAUCUUCUUGGACAUGAAAGGUCAGCUCGAUCGGCUGCACUUUAGUAAUAGUGAUGCAUGUGAGGAGAAAGCCAUUCUCUGUGAGUACGUUGAUAUGGCCUUGGACAAGCUGAGUAACAUGUGUGCGCCAAAAUGGCAGUUUCUGACUCAGGCUGCCGAAAUGAAAAGCAGUGUGACUGAGCGCUCGCGCUCGCGAGGGUGUGAGUCACUGCAGCACGAGGAGGAGUCGCUAAAAACUGCCAGCGUGAUGGAAAAUGUCAAGAUGCAGUUUGAAAAGGCAGCUCAGCAGCCCGUCAAGGCCGCCCUUGAGUGUGCUCUCCACAGCUUCAAUCCCACUAAAUGUGACUCCUCUAAAAAUGCACUGACUUGCCAGAACGACCUCAGAGUCACGGACGACGACCUGUCGUCCUUGACCAGUGACAUUGUCAUGAUUAUAUGGCAGUCUUUGAUUGAUGCAUCCUGUCGUGGGGCACCUUAUGACUGUCAUGGUUGGGAAGCAAAACUGAGCAAAUUGAUCAAAGCUAUAUGUGAUGUAUCAUCAUCUGUCUACAACAACAAUGCUAUCCAUGCGAGUCCAAUCACCCUAAAGGCUGAACUUGUCCUGCAGUCCAUUAACCUCGAUAUUGAGACCAAAUUGGCACAGUUUAUCACAAACCAGUCGGAGGGUGACCAAAAACCAACAGGCAUUGCUUCCCUUGCCAGGGACACAGCCAGUGUAGACCGAUCUGCCAGAGACACAACCAGUGUACACAGAUGUGUAGGAGGCAUACAGAAUGUCUGCAGUGAGCCAGUGACAGUUUUUGGACAAGAACUUCCUGAUUCUGUGGUUGCCUCUUCGUCAGAACAUACAUACAAGGAUCGCAGGGACCACAGCAUUUUUGCCAAAAAGACACACUCCAGGUUUCAAUUGACACAGCCUUUGAAUGCCCACAUCAGCAAUGCUGUCAUCCCUGAAACUCGCUCGAAGUCUGCCGGGCCACUGAUAACAGACACCUGUGGUGACCAGAUGGAAAACUUGAAAAUAAAGAAAGAAGGCAACAUGUAUCUAGCAGAUCCAACCUUCAACGAGAAAACCCCACCAGGUCCCAACACCAACAGAGGAGAUCUCUGUGUACAGAGAUUUACUGUGGAAGAACUGUCCCCACUGUGUCUGGCCUCUCUCUCAGCUUCCCUGAGUAACUGGAGAUGCCAUGGCAGUUCAAUGCAAACCCCAUAUGAAGGUUUUUAUCCUGAAUUUACAGAGCAGCUGACCGAUGCUGUAGGCAGUGGCAACAUCUUUGCCUGCUGCUCACCUGCCAGGAUGUGUCUGAUCAAGCUCACCAUUGGGACACUUGUGAGCAAAGUAAUAGACAAGUGCAUGCUUGGCUCAGAAUUCCUUACUGAACGGGGAUUACUGUCUUCUGGCACCACUGUGUCACCUCGAAGGAGCAGGCUUCGGACAGCGACAACUCGUAGCAGUGGGCCUCAGACAGUGUCACCUCGUAGGAGUAGGCCCCAGAGUGCCACCUCUGGGAAUGAAAGGAGAAAUGUCACAGCAUAUAAGUCUGGAAUGGACGGCCGUCCAUACAGUGCUGAUGCAGACCUAGGAGGUGUGGAACACAUUUGUCAACCCAGGAGCAGCAUUGCACGUCAUGUGGUUUGCUCCAGCCAAGAACUUCACAGCUCAAGGAGAUCUCAGACACAAGCCUGCUCUGUAUCAGGAACGCUCUUGAACCCCCUGAGUAUGUUUUGGAAAAACUUUCGAAAAUCCCAACCAGCUGUGACCCCAGCCGCUGCUGACGGUCCUGGCGUAGUUCUCAGUCCUUCGAAGGCCAGUGCUGUUCCACAACAAGGCAAUGGGGACAAAGUCAAAACCCCUUCCCCGGCCCCAUGCACUGACAAGGCUAUUAUUCCCCAGCCAGGACCAGUUAAGGACAUCUUGAUCAACUUGUGGGUGCAUAUUCAUUCUGAUGAAUCCACAACUCCUGGUGCUGCCUUCUCCAGCCUGGAUUCAGACACUUUAAAGCAUUUCGACAGUCUGCUUCCGCAGCUGGAGGUGUUUUGGCAUGAUCUGCUACGUGCGGAGGGUGUUGAGCACCUCCCAUCGAGAUACAUCAAUGAAGAGCAGGUGGCCUGGUCUAUCUAUCAAGACUUGGCAUUUAAUUACUGUUGCAGCCGAGAAGAACUAUGUCGUGCCAUUGCUGCACCUGAGGAGCAACUGGUGGCAAGGCUAGUGACCUCACUUGGCCAGUCGCUGACCCACUGUAUCCGGAGUAUGAAGAAUGACCCGGCCUACUCACGACCAAGCUCUUUUGCCUCCAGCAGGCUGAGCUCCCCAUCAUCUUGGGUCACCGAGGAGGCGUGCACCAUCUCUGAGGACGUAACGCUCAGAUCGGUCGACCUGAUCUCGCCAUGCUCCGUGGAGCUGGCAGAGGAUCUGAUGGACGCGGUGAUGGUGGAGCUCUGCACGGACCCAGAAAGGUUUGGCAGCCCCGAGGCCGAGAUGCCCAGCCAGGACUGGCCUCAGCUCUCCCUGGUUGAGCUGAACCAGGCUGCCACGGAGGUCUACAAGUACAUGCUGGAGCAGUGUGGGUCGUUGGAGAACCUCCAGAGUGCUCUGAGGUCCAGGGAAAAACAGGUGGUCACCAACAUGGCUGUAGCGAUCGCCACUCAAACCUACAAUAUCAUCUCUAUGAAGGAUACCAGUGAUGCCCAUGUGAGAGCGCGCAGUGAGACUCCUGUGAAUGAAUCGAGGGCCACCCCUGUGAAUGAAUCGAGGGCCACCCCUGUGAAUGAAUCGAGGGUCACCCCUGUGCCCAGUCAGCCAUCCAAUCUCAGCGGCUCUGUAUCUAUAGGCAGCUCUCCACAGCCGACCCCUGGCCAGUGCUCAAUCUUCUAUCAGACGGUGUGGGAUAUCGUCUCGACGCUCAUGCUGGAGGUGUGUAAGAAGAAAGCGCACAGGCAGCACCUCACGCCCAAGCUGUUCCUGAGGGUGUUGGCCACGCUUUCCGAGUGCCCUGGGGUGAACAUCAGCAAUGACAAGAAGCUGUGUGACGUCUCCGACGGUGGCUGCGAUGCCAUUGAGCGGGUCGUGCUCGCGGCACGCCGCAGACUCAGUGACUACGCAGAGGGCCGCAGAGGUCUGGAGUCCCUGUUGGCCGCCAAGGAUGAGGCUGCGAUGGAGAGAGUUGUGCUCACCCUUGUGGAGGAAAUGCUGACCUUUGCAUCGCAUCCAUUUGGUGUCGUCACAGUUUCGGAAGCCGAGGUUGAGAUGACACAAAGUCUGCCUCACGACCUCAAACUCUGCCCUUCGAUGGAUGUCUUGGAUGCAGGCCUCCACAGGGCAUGUCAACAUCAUGGAGAUUCAGAGGUGUGCAGUCUGUGUGCCGACAUGCCAGGCAUGGCUAUGUCCAUGGAUAUGUCACCUGAACCCACAACCAGCAAGUCUCACAUGUCAAACGCUGAGGGAUCAAAGAAGGUGAAGUUUCUGCCUUCAACCAAAGUUGACUACUUUAAGCUUACUAAAUCUGAAAGAAAGCCCAAAUUGGCUGAUGAGGCAGAACACCCUGUCCAUUUAAAGAACCGCAAGGUGAUCAGCAUUAAAGUCAAGAAGCAUUCCAGCAAAGGUAAAGCGCCAGGACCGAGGAGACCCAAAAGCCACCAGGACGAUCAGAGUGUGCAAUCAGAAGAGUCAAACCAAGAAAGUCGCCGUGGCCUUGGAACAUUCCUGACACAACUUUUUCACCGUAAAUGAAAAAUUAAUUAUUUCAAUGAAAAUACCAGGUGAAAAUAAAUUGAUCAAAUUAC